GGGACGCACGGCCGGCGGCCGCAGGAGGGGACUCCGGGCGCCGGGGCCGGGCCAUGGCGUGGCCCUGCAUCAGCCGCGGGGGCUGCCUGGCGCGCCGCUGGAACCAGCUGGACCGCUCGGACGUGGCCGUGCCGCUGACCGUGCACAGCUACUCGGACAUCGAGGACCCCCCGCCGCCGCCCGGGCCCCCCCCGCCCGGGCCCCCCGGCUCCCCGGGCCCGCCGCUCACCCAGUACCAGCGGGACUUCGGCGCCCCGCGCCGGGACCCGCAGCCCUGGCCCCGGCCCGGCCCCGGCCCCGGCCCCGGCCCCGGGGGGGGCCGCCGGGAGCGGGACAGGGAGCCCGCGGCGGCCGCCGGCGUCUACGUGCUCCCGGGGGGCCACGCGCUCGAGCCCGGCGACGGCGACCCCCGCUUCCUGAGGCUCCGGGCCCCCGCCGACGCCGCCCCCCCGCCGGUCACCACGUCCUACAGGCAGGAGUACCGGCCCUGGCCCGCCGCCAGACCUCCGAGACCCAUCAAGACCAAAGCGACCUCUAUCAUCGUGACCGACUACGCUGUGAGGGAGAGCAGCUACCGCGCCGACUUCAAGGUCCCCGAAGGAAGGAGAAGUUCUCGCCUAACCCCUCGGCCGUGUUCCAGGCGUCCCCCGGCCCCAUCCUGCACGUGUGACCGCCCCGCCCGCGCCCUCCGGCGGCGGGGGGCCCGAGGGGCCGCGGGGAGCCGAGCCUCGGUGGGGGCCGCAGGAGUCCCGGCUCCUGGCCCGCCCGCCCCCGCCGGUGCAUGUCACGCUGCCCGGGAGGCCCCUGGCUUCGCCGGGCCCCGACUUCUGGCAGCGGCCCAGAACCCGCAUGGAGCGCAGGAGCCCGGGGUCCCCCCCAGAGCGCCUGCUUUCUGACCGACGGAGCCGACGCUCCCCGUCCCACAACCCACCGGGAACGUCAUCCCGUGUUCCAGCCGGGAGGGGCCCAGCUUCCGACCCAGCUUCAUUUCCGAGAUCUGGGGGGAGCAGCGAGAAGGGAGGCCCCCUCGCCUAACCCCCCUCCCCCGUGGGACUCGCCAGGAUCACCUCCGGGAGCUUUUCUACUUCCUCUGGUCCAAGAUCUCUGCUACUUUCUUAUGGAUUCUCCACAACAGAGGCAGCGGCCGAUUUUUUUCCAAAGGGAAAGCUCUGGCUUUUCCGGUGAAUGACUCUGCACAUGCACAUUGUACAAUAAAUGUAUUGCCUUGAAACCCUAA